AUGGAGAACAGGUAUUUUUUGGCUAAAUUUCAUCUUAAAUUGGAAAUUGGAUUAAAUAAACCACUAAGGACAUUUCUUUUGACUGUAAAUCACAAGGGUGAUUCUGGGGACCCUGGCAGGCCUGGCAUUCCAGGACUAAACGGUAUCCCAGGACGAAAGGGAGAAAAAGGUGAUAGUGGUCUGAACAGUCUUGAUGGAGCUCCUGGACAAAAAGGAGGGAAGGGUUCGACUGGUUUCCCAGGUUUCACAGGGUUUAAGGGAUCUCCUGGUGCACCAGGAGCUAAUGGGGCUCCGGGUCGGCCUGGUCCGGUUGGACCUAAAGGUGAAAUGGGACCAAAGGGAGAGAAGGGGAGGAGAGGCAGAGGAAAGGCCUGUCAACGGGGACCUCCUGGAAUUCCUGGCCUUAGAGGCCUGAAUGGGGAAAUGGGAACCUCGGGCAUGAAAGGAGAAAAAGGGGAGCCAGGACUUGGUGUGGAGGAAGUGAAGGAUCUUGUGACAAAGGAGGUGGUUGAGAAGUGCGGAAAGGAAACUCCUGAUGGUGAACACCGAUGAUACAGAUGAUGGGAAUAUCCUAAGGGAAGAGAGAAGAGCAGAUUCUGCUUC